AUGUCGAAAGCACUACUCAUCACUAGCGCGACUGGCAAGCAGGGCACUGCGACAAUCACUGCACUACUCAAGGCAGAUGCGGACUUUGAGAUAUUAGCUCUUACUCGAAACGCACAGUCUGCAUCAGCCCAAAAGCUUCAAGCAAAAUCAUCAAAGAUCAAGCUGAUCACUGGCCACCUCGACGACGUGGACGAUGUUUUCCGAAAAGUCAAACAAGCCACCGAGCUCCCAAUCUGGGGUGUGUUCAGAGUACAGGUGGCCAUUGGUGGUGGAGCGACUCCUCAGACCGAAGAAAAGCAGGGCAAAGCUUUGAUCGACGCAGCUAUAAAGCAUGGUAUCAAGCACUUUGUCUACUCAUCCGUCGACCGCGGAGGUUCCAAAUCAGACACCAAUGCAACAACCGUCCCCCAUUUUGCCAGCAAGUAUCGUGUUGAGCAGUAUCUCUUCGAAAAGACUCGCAACGGAGAGAUGGACUGGGUGAUACUCCGCCCCGUAGCGUUCUACGAGAACCUCGUCCCCGGAUUCCUGGGCAAGGUGUUCGCAACAAGCUGGUAUUCGAUUCUCAAGGACAAACCACUACAGCUCGUCGCGACAAGCGACAUCGGUUUCUUUGCCGCCGAGGCCUUCACAAAGCCUGAAGAGUACAAGAGCCAGAAGCUCUCGCUCGCAGGCGAAGAACUGACAUACACCCAAUUCAAGACCAUCUUUGCUGAAACGACGGGUCAAAGUUUGCCAACUACAUUCCGCUUUGUUGCAGGCGCUAUCAACAUGAUGGUCAAGGAUCUGGGGUUAAUGUUCAAAUGGUUCAACGAUGUAGGAUACGGCGCCGACAUCUCGAAAGUGAGGCAAAUCAACCCAGCCUUGAAGGGAUUUGAAACGUGGUUAAAAGAGGACAGUCAGUUCAAGACUCGUUGA